AUCGCCAACUCGACACAAUCCAACUUUUUAUUUCUUGCCAGAACGGAGAGAAAGCCAGAGUCCGAUGCCGAAUCUUUCAUGACAACCAACCCACACGCAAUGCGACCUUCGCUGAGACGCACGACAUAGCAGAAUACGGAGUGACAAGCUCCAAUACCGCGACCGACCAUGGACGUGUCUGUGUCAAAGGCUUUGGCCGACAAAAUGUAUGACAGGCGCAAAGGAGGUGCUCUGGAGCUGGAAGCCAUCAUUCGCGACUCGCUAGCUGCAAACGACCACGUCCGGAUCGAGAAGAUAGUCCAUCAACUCUGCCACGACUACGCCUAUGCCGUCCACCAACCUCAUGCCCGCAACGGAGGCCUCAUUGGCCUGGCUGCCGCCGCCAUCGCUCUCGGCGUCGACGUUGCCCGAUACCUUCGCGAUAUUGUGCCUCCCGUGCUGGCCUGUUUCUCGGAUCAGGACGCAAGAGUGCGCUACUAUGCCUGCGAGAGCAUGUACAACAUCGCCAAAGUCGCAAAGGGCGAGAUUCUCAUCUACUUUAACGAUGUCUUUGAUGCACUUUGCAAACUGGCGGCGGAUACAGAACUCUCAGUGAAGAAUGGUGCAGAGCUGCUCGACCGUCUGGUCAAGGACAUUGUCGCCGAAUCCGCCGCUUCCUACGUUUCCAUUCUUGACAACGAAGUCGACCCCAACAACGAAGAUCCUUUCGCCGAACAAGCGACCGCCUUCUCUCUCGCCCGAUUCAUCCCUCUCCUACGCGAACGUAUCUUCGUCAUCAACCCCUUCACCCGCACUUUCCUCGUCAGCUGGAUCACUCUGCUGGACUCAAUACCCGAUCUGGAACUGGUUGUCUUCCUUCCCGACUUUCUCGGCGGUCUUUUGCGCUUCCUCUCUGAUCCGAACAACGACGUACACACCACCACAAGAGUCUGCCUCGAUCGCUUCCUCACAGAGAUCAAGAAGAUUUCGGCCAUCAAGAAGGGUAUCGCCGAGAGUAAGAGAAGUCUGGUCGCAGAGAGUCAGCGCAAGGCCUCAAUAUCUAGCAGAGAUGGUCAAGACACGGGCGAGCAAGACGCUGAGACACAAGCCGACAACGCCAACACAAAUCACGACGACGACAAGGCGAGCUCCGACUCUGCUUCGUUUGUCAGCUCAAACUUGGACGAGAAGAAUGACAAUGAUGCUGGAGACGAAUGGAUACCCGGCCAAGAUGUCCAGAUCGAUCACGCAAAGAUUCUCGACAUCCUGAUACAGUUCUUGAACGAUUCGGCUGAAGAAGAGAUUCAAAUGACGACUCUCCGCUGGAUUGAGGGCUUCUUUGACAUUUGCGCAGAAGACAUGCUGGCUUUCGUGCCUCGUCUUCUUUCCCAGGUCUUGCCCGCUCUGUCACACCACGUCGAUACUGUACGCCAGGCUGCGAAUAGAGUCAACACUGCCCUAAUGGCCCACAUAAUGUCACUGCCAGAAGACGGCCAGCAGCAACAACCCAAGACUCCCGUAGACCCCUCACGAAGGGACUCAGUACCAAUCCGAACACGCAAAGCCAACAGCCCUGAGCUUAUCGCUGAAUCUGCCACCACCGAUCAGCACGCCACAUCCAUUCCUCCAACCCCACAACCUUCACCGCCUGUCUCGACCGAGCUCGAUUAUGAAGCCGCUGUCAACUCACUGACGUUACAAUUCCUCAACGAGCACGAGCAAACCAGAGUGGCUGCACUGGCUUGGCUUAUCAUGCUGCACCGGAAGUCUCCUCGCAAGACUCUGGCCAUCCAAGACGGAACCUUCCCGGCUCUACUCAAGACGUUGUCCGAUCCAGCUGAUGCUGUAGUCACACGCGACCUGACCCUGCUUUCACAAAUAUCUAAGAACAGCGACGACUCAUACUUUACUUCAUUCAUGGUCAACCUGCUCAAGUUGUUCUGCACCGACAGAAAGCUCCUUGAGAACAGAGGAAACCUGAUCAUCAGACAGCUGUGUUUGAAUCUCAGUGCCGAGCGCAUUUACCGUACUCUGGCCGACUGUCUGGAGAAAGACGACGACGUUGAGUUUGCAAGUAUCAUGGUCCAGAAUCUCAACAACAACCUCAUCACCGCCCCAGAGUUGGCCGAUCUCAGAAAACGGCUGCGAAACCUCGAAAACAGAGACGGUCAGACUUUCUUUGUCACUCUCUUCAGGGCGUGGUGCCAUAACGCUGUUGCUACCUUUUCGCUGUGCUUACUUGCGCAAGCAUAUGAACAGGCUUACAACUUGCUGCAGAUCAUCGCAGAGCUCGAGAUGACAGUCAACAUGCUGAUCCAAAUCGACAAGCUUGUCCAGUUGCUCGAGUCUCCUGUCUUCACCUACCUCCGCCUCCAGCUUCUUGAACCGGAGCGAUUCCCUCACCUCUACAAGUGUCUCUAUGGACUCUUGAUGCUUCUACCCCAAUCUUCGGCAUUUGCAGCACUCAAGAAUCGUCUGAACAGUGUCAGCGCUAUCGGCUACUUGCACAUUGCCCCGAGAACAGCACCAUCAACACCAUCAGUGUCUACAUUCGACCGGCCGAAUCGCCUUAAGUCCCGCGAAGAUCCAGGUAUCAAAUGGUCCGACCUGCUAGAAAAGUUCAAGUCCGUUCAAGAGAAAGCACGCCGCGCACAACAACGACCUCAACGCCUGACCACCCUUCCCAACGGUUUGACCCUACCAGACAUGGACGACGAUCUCGAAUCACCGACCCUCAACAAAGAAGCUUCUGCACCAGCAAAAGAGAGAGCAACAGGCAGACUCUCCGGACUGGGCAGGCCAGGAAGUGCGGCUAGCAUCACACGACCAGCUGCCACGCCCACCCAAACACAAGGACACAGCAAGAGCAAGAGUAGCCUGAGCCAGCUGGGCAGAUUUACGAGAAGUACAGCUGCCAAAGCUACAGGAGGAACGUUCAAGAAGUAGAAAAGAGGAAGUAGAUGGAAGAGAAAGUGUAAUAUGGGUAUCACGGUCCUCCGUUUUUCUGGGUCAUUGAGCAUAGGCGUCACAAGGAUCUGUAAUCACCAUCAUCAACAAUC